AACUACAAUGUUGGUAAACUUUGUUAUUUGCUUAGCUUGGCUGUUCUCUUAUAAGUCAUGCCUCUAGUCCUUCCCUUUGUCAUUUCACCCGAGUCCUUUGAAAGGCCUGGAGGCUCUCUUCAUCCUCUAUCCAAUGACUCUCCCUCCAUUUUUCCAGCUUCCCACUAGAAUCCUCACUGUUGUCUAGGGGUACUGUGUGAAGUUGCAUUACAGAAUUUGAUCACCCCAUCACAUGUGCCCUAUGGUAGUGCCAGGAAUUUUCCCACACAUCACCAACCAAUCACUCUUCUUGUUGUCAGGAGAAGACAUUCUUGGGCAGUAUUGCAUAAGGGAAGACUUUGGAACUGGGUUGAGGUAGAUUCUCUGGUCCUGCCCUUUCUUUGGUUGAUACUCUGGGCAAGGUGUUCACCUCUGGCCUGAAAUGGGCUCACAUCUCAACCUCAGCAUCAUCAGGAUGUUAAGCUACCUCUUUCUUCUGAAGGCACUUCUAGCUUUUGGGUUCCUGGCAUCCUGGGUAACAGCAGAAGAGCAUGUGAAAGAGGGAGAAUGCCCUCCUGAUAAGAACCCGUGUAAAGAGCUGUGCCAGGAGGAUGAGUCAUGUCCUCCUGGGCAGAAGUGCUGCAGCACGGGCUGUGGUCAGGUCUGCCGAGAAUACAUUUCCAUAGGGAUGAAAAGAAUCUGUCCCAGGAUUGUUCGUAAACGAUCCUGUUUUAAAAGUUGCACCACCGAUGACACAUGUCCAGGUGUAAAGAAGUGCUGUACGUUUGGCUGCAGCACAGCCUGUGUGGCCCCAGUCUCUCACUACAAGCUGGGGUUUGACGGUGAAUGUCCCGACGACCCCCUUCCCUGUGAGGAGCAGUGUGACGGGGAUGCGGCGUGUCCUCUGGGGCAUAAAUGCUGCAGCACCGGCUGUGGCCACACCUGCCGUGGAGACAUCAAGGGAGGGCGGGCUGGGAAUUGUCCCACCUUUCUGGUAGGCCUGUGUGUCGUCGAAUGCAUGAUGGAUGAGAACUGUCAAGCUGGGGAGAAGUGCUGCAAGUCAGGAUGCGGCCGUUUCUGUGUCCCACGGUCCUUGAACUUCAACAGGACCCUCAGGUCGGAUCUGAAUUAGAGGCCUCGGUGCCCUACUUGUCCUGAUUUGUCUGGAGCUUCAUUAGUGACUCCAGGAGGUUCGUCCUGGCAGCCAGGAGAGGCUGACAUCCUGCGGCUUGUGAGCCCUCUGUGUCCUGCUUUUCUUCCUCCCUGGCCUGGAGCACAGGAGGAGCAGUGCUGGCUGGGGUGGGUGUCGGUGCGCCUCUUCCCCAAUAAAGGCUGGUGCUGGCCUCUGUCUGUGUGUCUGGGCUCAGAUGAGGCGGGACUGGGAGGCUGCUGAGGGA